AUGAAGUUGCAGGUUAGGAACUACCGUUAUGUCGUCGGUGCUUUCGCCAUCGUUACGAUGUUCAUGUUAUUAAGAUCAUCGGACAAUCUGUCUGAUUCCGUGUCUAGUUUACAAGACUUCCAAUAUAAUAUUCAAGACACUAUUCAAUAUGGUUUACAGCAGUCGGGUUUAUUACCUGAAUCCGAUGGCUCCGCCGAGUCUAAUGAAAAAAGCUUAUCUCCAGGUCAAGUUCCAGGUUCUGCACAAAAUAACGACGGUGCUGCUGCUCAAAAUGAGGCUCCUCUAAAUGAUGCUUCUCAAGUGAACUCGCAACCAGUAUCCCCUAAACCCGGUGUUAUUGAUGACAGUACUACUGACAACAAUAACCCUGAUGUCUCAAAUGCAGUUAAGGAAAAUUUAAAGGCCCAAGACAAGGCUACUAGCAAGCCAUGCGACAAAGAAAAUAAAUUCGUUAUUAUCAUCGAUGCUGGUUCUAGUGGAUCUCGUAUGCAUCUUUACAAAUUUGAUGUCUGCACUUCACCAGCUACUUUAAUCAAAGAGUAUUUCUUAGGUGUCUCUCCAGGAUUGUCAGCAUUCCCCGAUAACGCUAUUGAAGCCGCAAAUUCAUUAGAACCAUUAUUAAAACGUGCGCUAGAGGUCAUCCCAGAAGCUCAAAGAGCUUGUACUCCAAUCACUGUCAAGGCCACUGCAGGUUUGAGAUUAACUGGUGAUGAAGUUGCCACUGAAAUAUUGGCUGCUGUGAGAAAUCUGUUAGAAACGAAAUACCCAUUCCCAAUCAUUGAAACUAAUGGUAUUGAAAUCAUGAGUGGUACCGACGAAGGCAUCAAUGCUUGGAUUUCCACUAAUUACUUAUUAGGUAACAUUGGUACCUCAAAGAAAGUUGGUACUAGUGCCGUUUUUGAUUUAGGUGGUGGUUCUACUCAAAUUGUUUUCGAACCAUCUUAUCCAAAGAGAGGCAAGUUACCAAAUGGUGUCCACAGAUUUGACUUGCCAUUUUCAGGUAUUUACUAUACAUUAUACCAAUACUCUCAUUUAGGUUAUGGUUUAAGUGAAGCAAGAAAAAAGAUCAGUGUCAAGUUAAUGGAACAAUAUAAACUUGGUGGUAUUGUUACAGAGGCUGACGUUGGUAGGAACUUAGAAUUGAACCACCCAUGUAUUCCAAGCAAAAUGCAAUUCUUAAAUCAAAAAGUUAAAGUAUCAUCAGGUGAAAUAUAUACUGUUGAUUUCUUGGGAAGUACUGACUCUAAUCCUGAAAGAUGUAGGAAUUUAAUUACUAGUGUAUUUGACAAGUCUAGUUGCUCCACUAAACCAUGUUCUUUCGAUGGUGUCCAUCAACCAUCUUUAGAGAUGAAUUUCCCAGAAAUUGAUGAUCUAUAUAUCAUUUCAUUUUUCUUUGAUAGAACUUAUAACUUAGGUUUACCAAAAUCUUUCACACUAAGAGAAAUGAAAGAAUUUGCAGACACUAUCUGUGGUGGUCCAGAGACUUACCACGAUAGUUUUGCUGGUGUUCCAUCGAUCAUUGGUAAAGCCCGUGCUUCCUCAUUAAACUGUUUAGAUCUGCAAUACGAGGUUGCACUAUUGGAAACUGGAUAUGGUAUUCCAUUAGACAGAGAGUUGAGAACCGCCCAAAAAAUUUCCGGUAGUGAAGUUACUUGGUGUUUAGGUGCUGCUUUACCAUUAUUAGAAGAAAAAAAUGGAAAUGCAAAGCUACAACAAACACAGCCGCACCACCACCGCAACAACAACCAGUAG